AUGGCCGAUGCGACUAAAUCCGACAGGCCUACGGCAGAUGCCAGCUUAGAAGCAUUAGGGUAUACGGCGGAGCUGUCACGAAACCGAUCGACUUGGCAGGUCGUUUUCAUGUGCUUUAUUCUUGCGUCCGUGCCGUACGGUUUGUCGACCACCAUGUCAUACUCUUUGAUAGGUGGAGGCUCGGCCAAUAUGGUCUGGGGCUGGAUCGUGGUCUCGCUUAUUAUGUUUUGUGUAGCUGUUUCUCUAGCUGAAAUUACCUCGGUAUAUCCGACUGCUGGCGGCGUCUAUUAUCAGACAUUUGUUCUUUCGCCGACGUGGUGUCGUCGCGCCACGGCAUGGGUCUGCGGGUGGUCCUAUGUUGCCGGAAACAUUACAAUUACCCUCGCCGUGAACUUUGCCACCGCGCUGUUCUUCGUCGAAUGUCUCAAUGUAUUUGAAAACAAGGAUGGCGUUGGUAUUGCGGAGAACUUUCAGACCUAUCAGACCUAUCUUAUUUUUGUCCUAAUCACCCUCAUCUGCCAUGCAAUACCCGCCUUUGCGAACAGGUGGUUGACUCUUAUCGAGUACUUCGCAAUCUUCUGGACACUGAUCGGUGUAUCAGCCAUUAUUAUCACAAUUCUCGUCGUUGCACACAAUGGUCGACGAUCAGCGAAAUGGGUCUUCACUUCGUUCGAACCUCAAUCAGGCUGGCCCGAUGGUUGGUCUUUCUGCAUCGGUCUACUGCAAGCAGCAUAUGGUCUUUCAGCCACUGGAAUGGUGACAUCGAUGUGCGAAGAGGUCCGCAAACCCGCAAUCCAAGUUCCCCGAGCAAUUGUCGGCGGUAUCACGUUAAAUGCCUUAGCCGGCCUGGCGUACCUUAUCCCGGUCGCAUUCGUGCUUCCCGAUAUUGCAAUGCUGGCGAAUAUUGCCUCUGCACAACCGGUACCAACUAUCGUUAAGUCUGCGGUCGGAAAUUCCGCUGGUGCUUUUUGCCUUCUCAUUCCAUUGAUCGUGCUUGGAAUAAUUUGUGGACUGGGAUGUGUUACUGCUACAUCUCGAGCUACUUGGGCUUUUGCACGCGACGGGGCCAUUCCUGGAUCGAGAUGGUGGAAAACAGUCAAUGAGCGAUUUCAGAUCCCUAUGAACUCGUUACUUCUAGGGAUGGUAGUUGAGUUGCUUCUUGGGCUAAUUUACUUUGGUUCAAGCGCUGCGUUCAAUGCCUUUUCGGGCGUCGGUGUGAUAUUUCUAACACUGAGCUAUGCCUCUCCCGUUGCCGUGUCGCUAAUUCUUCGCGGCCGUCGGGAUAUCCAGCGUGGCUCUUUCAAUCUCGGGUCAUUCGGUUGCUUCUGUAACAUCAUUUGCAUUUGCUGGUGUCUUCUCGCCAUUCCAUUAUUCUCCAUGCCAACUUCCAUCCCCGUCACAAAGAACUCGAUGAACUAUGCAUCUGCUGUAUUCGUCGGAUUUGUGUCCAUCUCGGGCGUCUGGUAUUUGGUAUGGGGCCGGAAGAACUAUAUUGGCCCUGCGUUGGAGCAGCUGGAUGGCCAACCCGACCAUUCAGACGAGGAGCCCGCGAAGGAAGAACUGACACAAGAAUCCUCCAAAUGA